CUGCAUGGUGUGUGAUGAAUGCAUCUUUCAAUCAGGGACCCUACUUAGUGCAUGGGGAGGAACCUCUCGACACCGACCAUGCCGGCCUGCAUGACUAUGCAGGGCAGCCAGCUGGGCGUGGCCCAAUCCGCUCAGUCCCGCCUCCCUCCCACUUUGCUGCCCGGGGCCUCUCCCACCAGGACACCUUUGAUUCGGAGACACAGGGCAGCCGUGAUUCUGCUUACAUUGACCCAGCGGAUUCCUGCAUGGACAUCGAGACCGACCCCUAUGAGGAACCGGAGCCUCGUCGUGCCCAUUGCUUGGGCCACCGCCACCCCCAGGGCUCCUGGGAGGGCGAGGAGCCCGAGCAGCAUCGCACCCAUUUCCGGAGUCACCGCCACCCCCAGCGCCAGGGCUCCUGGGAGGCCGAGGAGCCCGACCGACAAAAUCACAACCGGCCCCUACGUGGGCACAGCAAGGGGCGGGAGCACUAUUGCCAGAGUGAGGAGGAAGCUCUGGGCUGCAACCACAAUGACGUGGAGGACUGGGGGCAUGACGCCUACAUCCACUAAGGCCCUGAGCGGUAGGGCUUUUAUCCACUGAGGGAGGGGCCUCUUCCUACUCAGACCUUUGGGGACAGAAGCUGUCUUCAGUUGUGUGGCACCUGGGGGUAGGUCCAAUCUCACAAGAGGAUUGACCUUCACCCCACAAGGUGGUUAGAGGUGGGCAUAGUGUUUGCACCACAAAAGCAAUGCCAUCACUGGCCAGCUCUGUGAGCGAACUCCCUUUCCUCGCCAUUCUUCUAUGGGGACACCCUCCACCCACCCCCUUUGCCUUGCCAUUUGUGCCAACAACCUCUCUGACCGCCCUUGUUCUGCCAGCCAGCACUGCCUAGCCUUUUCCCACAAGGUCAUGAAUAAUCACAUAUACCUUAAAAACUCCUCUUUCUUAGAGGUUCCCUGUGGACCUGGAGAGGGAGAGGGACAGUUUCCAUCGGUGCCUAGGAUCACCCCAACACUUGAGGAGCAGCCGUAGUAGACACCUAAUCAUCGACUGUCACUCUUUAGAUCCUGCCUGCCUGAUCCCAUCCAAGGCCAAACAGCUCCCAAAUGAAGAGUAUGGCCCCUUCCCCUCUAUAAAUGUAAGCCGUCAUAGAUCUCUUCCUUUGCCUGUCUCAUGGUGCUCUGCUGGCCCAACCACUAGGGUGGGGGUGGGGAGGUGGAAGAUAGGGGUAAAAACCAAUGCCCAGUUUUCCGUCACAGGAUCUACAUCCUUGCAAGAUCCUCUCCAGUGCCUACAAAAAUAAAUCCAACCCCAGUCACCUUAAACUCUCCAACCCUACCCAUCCUCCAGUGCCUCAGCUCACAACCCUCCUGGAUGUAUUUCACCUGCUGGACAGAUCCUGGGCAUGCAGGAUGUGUGGUGUGUGCUAUGCUUGGCAGGGAGGAAGGCUUUGGAGUGUCCAUGUUGGUAACCAGCUGUGGUUUUGUUCCUAAUACUGAGUUUGAAGACCUCUUUCAAGCAUGUGUGAAAGCUCAGCAGAUGAAAGGUAGGAAGGUGCUCCCACCAUUCUGAAAGUAGAGAGGUGAAUCAGUCCUUCCUGACUGAAGAUGGCCUCUUGCUACUUUUGCUGCAGGAAGUAACCUUCUCUCACAGUAUGAUCCAUCACGCUGUAGUUUCUUCCUUUUUGAAGGUCUGUCUUGGGGUUAGAGUUUCUCUUUCCAGCAAGACUUGGGAAAUCAACCUGUCUUUGUCUUCGGAAAUUAGACUGCUCAGAAGUUUUACCAGCGUGCCAAGCUGAGCCCAGUACCAACUGCUGCAGUGCAUGACAUUGCAUCUGCAGCUCAAAGACAUGGAAAUAGAAGGUGGGGUGAAUUGGGUGGGCCACACAGCCCUCGAUAUGCCACCAUUGACUCCUCCUGUGCCUGCUUCAGAGCUAGGGACCAAGUGGAUCUGCGACGGCUGUGGAUGGACUUUAACCUAGAGCAUUUUGUCAUUCUCUAUGUACCAUAGAGGGAGUUAUAGCUGUGUUUGCUCCUACAAAUGUCAGCAGUACCUCUAGUAGAUUCCACCUCACCCAGACCCAUCUUUUGGGCUUCAGUCUUGUGCCAAAAUCUGCCCUUAAGUCUACAGUUCUCCCUUUUGAAGGAUCACCCUUCAUUAAAAGAUGUCACUGUUGCUCAGAAUGUAACCGACAUUCUUGACUUCGGAAUACAAGACAAGUCUGGAGUUUGCCUUCUUUCAAUCAUUUAGAUCUGGUAACUAUGUUCUACCUUCUGAGGCUGCCAGGAUGGGGUUUAGGGUUAUUGGGGUUUUUUUUUAGCGAUGUUCAUUUUCUGUGUUGCAUAACCCCCACAAGGCUCUCUGACUCACCAGCCUCUUUCAGUCCAUCCCACUGCCCUGUGGUUUAUAGCUCGCACAAUGGAUGCCUCAGUUUCCAUUAAAAACAGCAGUGCUGUCCUCUGCAUGAAUGUAAAAUUCUUCAAGAGAUGGAAACUGGAAACUUGAUUGUUAGAUCAGCCCUUCACUUGGCUAAAACUGUAGGGAGCCUGGCAUAUUCCACUAAGAAAAGACAAAGAAAAAAGGAACUUAACAUGGCUUAUAGCCUAAUCUACAGAUGCACCCAGCAUUUUGAAAUUAAAGAAGACAUGGUACAGGAAUUAGUUGCUGAUGAGAAAUGUAGGUGGGAAAUAGGACACACAACAAGCUCUCAAAUCCUGCAGCAAUUGUGGGUGGCUGAUGUGUUGGAUCCUGCCUUUGUGGUCAGGAGGGCAGUGGCCGAUAUCUUUCUGUUCCUUUUUAGCUUCAGUGAUUCUACCACCACCCCUAAAAAAACCAUUUGUACUUCCCACGGGCACUGUCAGAUCCUAUUGGUCCUGCGGUGUGAUUUAUUUCUUGGGACUAUCCUCUGAGGGUUGCUGGUAUCUUUGUUCCCUUAUUUUAAGCUGCUGUCCCUUAUCCCACAGCCUUGUAUAUCCACAGCACUUUAAUGGACAUCCUUUGUAUAAGACACCACAGUUCAAAAUGUUGCUUGUUUUUGAAAUAUUGGUCUGGGAGCCUUGGCAGUCCCUUGACUAUUUAACCUCUGCCUGAUGAGACAUAAAGACCUUGGAGACCGGAAUAGAGACACUUGAAUUCCUUAGGUUCAGAUUAGCUUUAGGUAAUUUUUUUUGUGCCAUGCCUUGGAGAUUCAAAACAUGAAGGACAAUAAUGGACGUAUUACACCUUCACCUCUCUUUCUCCUCCCCCCCCCCACUACUUAGGAGAUACACAUGUGCAAAUUCACAUGCUCCCUAAGAGUUGUAAGGGGAGCGGGGUUGUUACCCACAGGUAAAAAAGACUGCAAACAGGAUUUGGACAAUGAGAAAAGUGGAUUUGUCAAUGAUCAGGUUCCUUCAUAAGAGUGUAUUUUAUAUUAUUUAUUAAUAGCAUUGUUCCUUGGGGUAGGGAUUUCUUGGCCAAACUUGAAUUCUUUGUAGUCAGUGGUUUCACCAAAACCUUUAUAACUGGUGGUUCUGCAAAAAGGCGGAGGGGGAGGCAUUUUAAAGAAUGUGCUACUGAGCUUUCAGAUAAUGAAGCAUGACCAGUCCCAUCUCCUGCCUUAGAAUUUGCACCUCUCAGAUUUAUUCUACACUUUGGAUUGUUUUGUUGUUUAGUUUUGGGGUGGGGUGGGUAAGGUUAUUGACAAUAGAAAAGAAAUUCUGCAAAGUCUCUGCCUCAUCAUUAAUACAGUUUGAUUCUUCAGUGCUCCAAUGAUCCAGGCCCAUUAUCAUGGGAAUAAAAGUAUUUUAUAAAAUGCCA